GCAGCGAAUCGCCGCGCGGGCGCAGGGAACGCCCCGCACACACCCGGCCGCCGCACCGGCAGCGCACGCGCCCGUGGAAGCUCCACGACUCGGCGGCCCCCUCGGCACGCAAAGGCCUCCGGGAUCCCGGCCGCGCGGCCCCCGGCGCCGCGCAACCGCCGCGGAACCUUCUGGAAGCGGCGCCCCCGGAAUUAGGAAGCCUGCGCCAACGCCAGCGGCCUUGGCGGCGGAGGGGGUGGGGAGAGGGGCGGGGCGAGCGCGGGGGCGGGACGAGCGCCGGGCGGUCGCGUGCGAUUCGCCCCCGGCGCGUAGGCCCCGCCUCGCCGGCGCCAUGGCUCCGCCUCCGCCCUCCCCCUCCAUGGCGCCGCCCGGGCUCAUUCAUUCCGCGCCGGGCCUGCCGGACACCUGCGCUCCGCUCUCGCCGUCCCGGGCUGUCGCUGCCGCCACCGCCGCCGCCACCAGCAUGUCAGGCUCCGUCGCCGACACGCCGUCCGCCAUCCAAAUCUGCCGGAUCAUGCGGCCAGAUGAUGCCAAUGUGGCCGGUAAUGUCCACGGAGGAACAAUCCUGAAGAUGAUUGAGGAGGCGGGAGCCAUCAUCAGCACCCGGCACUGUAACAGCCAGGAUGGGGUAAGCACCUGGGCCCUGGCCCUGCCCGGGCUGGGGUAGUGAAGAAGAUUCUAGACCCCCAAAGGCCAUGCCAGCGUGGGGUCCUGUGGAGCUCAGAACUGGAGCCUCCCUUUCCCGUGCCUGCCUGGCCUCAGGACUUCUGAAGGUUCUUUCCCAGUCAGCUCUGCGUGGGGCUCCUGAGAAUAAAAUUUGGCUUUAGCCCCAGCAAGGCAAUGCUUCUGACACAGGCUGCCAGCUGGCUGAAAGGCCCUCUCAUGACAGAUACCCUCACAGCCCCAGCCCACCCAGGGCCAUGUCUUGAUCCAUGGGCUAGAUUGCAGUCAGAUGUAUACUACGCCUGUGGGGAAGAAGUUUGUUGUGAUGCUAAGAGUUGAACUAUGGAUAUCAGACAGCCCUGGGCCUGGCUCCCACUUCUGCCCCUGACCAAACUCUGGUGACUGUGGACAAAUACUGUGGCUCUGUGCCUUAGCUGCUUCCUAGUCCUGGAGCUGUGCAGUGGAAGGUGGUCGUGUAGCCAGGAUGGAGUGGGGGAGGGGUCUCUCUGGCUUUAGAGCCUCAGGGCCACUUCAGCAUUUCCCCUGAAGGCCAGGUAGGGAGGCGAGGGAAAGGACUUAGUCUUGCUGCAGCAGCUACAUGUUAGGCAGGCACAGAGGCGGCCCUGCAGGGAGUGCACACUUGUGUGCUUGGCCUCAGGUUAACACACCUGCUGCACUUCUCUGGGCAGAGAGGA